AUGUACAUUAAGGCUUCGCAGCACGCGUUGCUGCUCGCUGCCGCAUUCAAAGCGGCGAACGCGGUCGCGAUCCCGGAUCCUACGGCUGCCCCGGUACCAGUCGAAGCACGCGCCCCUAUCACGACGCCAGCACCGAUAUACUUUGCAGGUGGCCGUAGCUAUGUUGUUGACAAGCGCAACAUCUUGGACGAUAUCAAAAACGGCGUAGACAGCGUCGCGGCUUCCUGGGGCAGUGUCCUAGGCACCGACCUGCCCAGCUACUUCACGGAAGGCAUCCCCAAUUUUUUCCAAGAUCUGCCCACCGGUGACCAGGUGAAAUCGUCGCUCGGAAUUAAAGAUGAUGAUCUUAAAGCGUCGCCGACCGAGGUGCUUAACGUGCCACCGUAUGCCAAUUGGACUGACCAGGGCUGGAAUGUGCGCUUCCACGGAAAUGUCUACAAGAUGCCGAACAUAUCACAAUCAAAGCUGGAUGAUCUGGCGAACAUAUUCUUAAUCGAUGUCGAACUCAAGGAUCUGCCUGAGAGCCAGCAGAAUCAGGCGAGAAAUCUGACCAAAGAGAUCUUUAUUGUGCAGCAGGGCGACCAGAACGUCACGCUGCACCUUGAGCCUGCUCCUUCAAAUGGUGGUGACGGCGAGCCCGGCGGCAGCAAUGCCAUUACACCUCCAGGUGGCUCUCAGAACGUCACAUUACCCUAUGAAACUACCUCUCAGGGUGACUUCGAUGUGUUCGUGCCUAUCAAAAACGUAUCUGGCGGAGGACUACUUGCUGGAAACCAAACCAACAAUGUUCAGCGACUCAACGUGUUCGCCAACGGCACACUCACUGGAAAUGCCACUGCGUACCUCGUACCGACCGAGGGUAUCACGUUUAUCUCCGAUAUCGACGAUAUUCUUCGCGUUACGAAGAUUUACGACCCUAAAGAAGGCUUGCUGAACUCCUUUGCCAGGCCCUUCACCCAGUGGAUGAACAUGCCUGAGAUCUAUGCCAAUUGGUCGAUGAGUCUGCCAAACAGCACGCACUUCCACUAUUUGACAACCACCCCAGAGCAAGUCACGCGUAAUUAUAUGGACUUCAUCUUCAAGACGUACCCUGGCGGCUCUUUCGAUACUCGACCACUGAACUUCUCCGACGUCAGUGCUACCUUGUCGAUCCGCAAAUACCUACUUGACAGGGUCUUCGAGACCUUCCCAAAGCGAAAAUUCGUGCUUGUUGCCGACACCUCCAACUCGGACGUCAUGAAAGCCUACCCGCAACUCGCGCACGAUCAUCCAAACCAAGUGCAGUGCAUCUUGCUGCGUAAUACCUCGUCGACCGAUGACAGCGACUGGUUCCCGUACGACACUUCUGGCUUUGAGGGCCUCAAUAACAAGAGUUACAUGUUCUUCAAUGUUCCGGACGAUCUGCGUGGCCUCGACAUCGCCAAUGGGCAAUGUUUGAACGAAACUAUCCGCCAGAACGUCACUUUUGCGCGCCAAGAUGAGGUUCUGGGCAUCCAUGGUGCAGGCACUUCGUUGACGGGCAGUGCGACGAUUAGCCUGGUCGUCGCUUUGUUUGCUACCGUUUUCAUGGUUUUGUAA